AUGACGGCGAGGACGAUCAAUGGGUCGAUCAAAAUCAGGGAGAAACACAAGAUUUUCAAGGAGACUGGCUCCCCGUUCGAUGCGACACCGAUUCACUCCAUCAAGCUCCGGCCAGGCGGGCAUGAUACUCUCCCGGCCAAGCCCAUCGAUGUGUCGGCAUUUUCAUACUCGAAGAGAACGGCGCACCAAAGCCCUCUGUCGUUUCUCAAGCGGGGGACGGGGAACGGCGGGACCGUGAUCCCUUUCGGCUCUGGCGAAGAAUCGCCCCCCGGCGGCGCAGCGAAAGGGGGGCAAAGCAAACGGGCGUCGGCUAGAGCAGCAGCCGUAAAAAAGACCAAGCUGCGGGACUUCCAGGCGUUUGCCGAGCGUCCGAACCCUCCAAACACGGAGUUCCGGAGAUUCUACGAGCGCGGAGACUUGCCCGUGCAGAUUGACCACGGAGGAGUACACAACCGGAUCGCAUGGAAGGUCGACAUCCAGAAGCUGGAUUUCCACCACUACCUACCGAUUUUCUUUGAUGGGCUGCGCGAGUUGGAGAUGCCCUACGCGUUUCUCGCGGAGCAGGGUGUGUACGACAUGCUCAGCGCCGGGUCCAACAAAGUCCUCCCUGUCAUUCCGCAGCUCAUCAUCCCCAUCAAGACCGCGCUCAACACGAGACAGAAGGCGGUGAUCGUCAAGGUCCUCAAGGUGUUGCAGUCGCUCGUGACGUGUGACCAGGGCCCUGACGGGCAGGGACUCAUUGGGCAGGCGCUUGUGCCCUACUACCGUCAGAUCCUGCCAGUGCUCAACAUCUUCAUCCGGCAAAACGACAACCUCGGAGAUGGCAUCGACUACGGCCAACAGAGGCGGGAAAACCUCGGCGAGCUCAUCAUGGAAACCCUGGAGGCGUUCGAGGUGAACGGCGGCGAGGACGCCUUCAUCAACAUCAAGUACCUCGUGCCUGUUUUCCAAAGCGUCGUCGUCAGCUAAACAAGAUGACAGCAGUAAUUUGGUGGCGUCAAUAAACGAUGCGCUAGCACCGAGAGGAGCUUGUUUGUUUCUUGAUAUGAAACGAACACCAGAAGGUCUGCGCGUGGUAGCUGGCGUGAGGGGCAGCCGCACUUGCGAACGCGAUGAAAGGCUACAUUGUGCGUGCUUGGUGUCGGAAAUACCGUCGUCCAGGAGCGUAUGCUCUGUCGUACUAGACGACGAAUCCCCCACACAGUAAGAUGGUGUGUGCCCUCACGGCACAGGGAAGGAUCAACCUUCCUCUAACGAGGGAACGGGUCGUGCGGUUGGUUGUAGGUGGCUAAAUUAAUCGAAUUACCGCGGAAAGUAGCGCGAUAAAGGGUAGGGGAUCUCGUCUGAAAUGAAGCAGGUACUUGGACGCGUUGUGGUGGUACAAGGCGUGCGCUCUGCUGGAUGCCAUAUCUCGUCAGAGCAGCGACUUGUCCAUGGCAGGUUUACUAUUCCCGUGCCUGCACUACUCACGCCCAGACGAUGGUUCACGCGCGUAGAUGUAACGAGCGAACGCUGUUAGAAAGAAACGAAACUGCCUUGGCAAGGUCUCGUAAUUUUUUCUAUUUUAUUUUGAUGAUGUGUUCUCUCAGUGAGAGCUCACAGAAAUGGUACACAUUGGUUUGGUGCUCCACGGUUUGCGUUGAAAAAUGUUGACCAGGCGGGGUCAG